AUGGAUCCCAAGAAGAUCGAGGUGAUUCUGUCGUGGCCCUCAUUGAGGACGGUGCAUGACGUGCAGGUCUUUUUAGGUUUCGCCAACUACUACCAAAGGUUCAUCUUGGGCUACUCAAAGAUCGUCGCGCCCCUCACCGACCUGCUCAAGGGAAAACCAAAGGGGCCGGUCAAAUGGGGCGACAACCAGAAGGCAGCGUUCGAGACCCUCAAGAGGGCGUUCACCGAGGGGCCCGUUCUCCAGCACUUCGACCCAACGCAGCCCAUUCGAUUGUGGACCGACGCUAGCGAUCAAGCUAUCGCGGCCAAACUGGCACAGCCGAAGGCCUCUCCCGACACCUCGGCGCGACUCUGGCACCCCGUGGCUUUCCGUUUGCGUAAGCUGAAUCCUGCGGAGCGGAAUUACAAGAUCCACAACAAGGAGCUCCUCGCCAUCGUAGAUGCCCUCCGGGACUGGAAGCAAUACUGUCAGAACGCAGCCCACAAGAUCGCCAUUCAUAUGGACCACAGGGGUCUCGAAUACUUCCAAUCGAAGAGGUCGUUGAACGUUCGACAGGCUCGGUGGGCCCUGCUCCUUGCGGACUACGAGUUCAAGAUCUACUACAAGCCAGGUUCACAGUGCAGAGUCGAUGGUCUCACCCGACGAGCGGACAUGCACGAAGGCCCCAACACUCGCAACCCCUUGAACGAGAGGGUGUUGCUGGGGACUGAAGUCUUUGUGCACCUCGCGGCACGGGCGCUAGGUUACGACGAGUUCAAGCAGGAACUGCGGAAGCUGUACAAUGGGUGGGAGCCCCCGGCGAAGGACAAGAAGGGGCUCGAAAAGAAAGACGGACUCUGGAUGCACAAUGAUCUGGUGUACGUGCCUCGAGUGGACGACCGCUGCGCUCGGCGGGAGCAAGUGACGCGCUUGUGCCACGACGCUCCCGCUGCAGGGCACGGGGGUCCACAACGAACCCUCGAACUCAUCCAUCGAUUAUUCUACUGGCCAGGCAUGGCGUCGUACGUGGAGCGCUAUGUCCGGACGUGCGUCAUGUGCAAGCGCGCAAAAGCGCCUCGACACGCUCCCUACGGCUUGCUCGAGAGCCUCCCAACGCCCAAACGACCGUGGGGGUCAGUUACGAUCGACUUCAUCAAGGGUCUUCCCGCAAGCGGCGUGGCUAACUAUGACUCCAUCAUGGUAGUGGUCGAUCGCCUCACCAAGUACGGGGUCUUCAUCCCGUGUUGGAAGACCACCAACGCCCUAGACACUGCUCAACUGUUCCUCGAGAGGGUGUUUAGCCAAUUUGGAGCGCCCGACACCAUCGUGUCAGACCGAGGGUGCCAAUUCGUCUCUUCCAUGUGGAGGACAUUCGUCCAGCUCCUCAAUGGGUCGAUUGCCCUGAGCACCGCCUACCACCCCCAAACAGACGGGCAGACCGAAAGGCUCAACCAGUCCCUCGAGCAGUAUCUACGGAUCUACGUAGAGAAGGAGCAGCAUGAGUGGUCGAGGCACCUGCCUAUGGCACAGUUUGCGCUCAACAACGCCACCAGCGCCACCACAAAGAUGUCUCCCUUCUUUGCCGUCAUGGGGUAACACCCAAAGGCCAUUCCGACGGUCGAACGGGUCAGCGCACAUAACCCAACAGCGGAGGCGUUCCUGCGCGAUCAGCAGGCCAGAGUCGCACACUGUCAAAAGGCCAUCGACGCCGCCACGGCCUUGGCGGCCCUACAGUACGACAAACGCCGUGCCGCCAAGAGCUACUCGGUGGGCGAUCAAGUCUACCUGCGUACCGCAAACUUAGCGAUGAGGCUGCCGAGCCACAAGUUGGGGCCAAAACUAGCCGGUCCCUUUGAGAUUCUCGAACAAAUUGGCAGGAAAGCAUACCGCCUGCAACUGCCAGCCUCCUGGCGAUGCCACCCAGUGUUUGGCGUCGCGAUGCUCGAACCCGACAACGGCAAGGUCGAUCCGCGGCAAACGCGCCAACUGUACCCCGACGAGGGGCUACUGGCGGCUCGAGACAACCGGGAUGAAAUCGUAGAAUACGAGGUCGAGCGUGUCGGGGACUCUAGAAGGGCCGGCGAGGGCCUGGAACACUUGGUGCACUGGCAAGAUGGAACGUCCAGCUGGGAACCGCGGGAACAUCUACAGCACUCUCAACAGCUCACACGGGAGUUUCACGCGCAAUACCCUCGGAGGCCAAAACCAUGA